AUGCCUUCUUUGCAUCAAUUAUUUACCUCGGCCCUGCUGGCCGCUACCGCUGCCCACGCGACAUCAGUGAACGAUUUCACCUGCGAGAGCGACUCCAACCCCAUUGUUUUCCUCCACGGUCUGGGCGCAACCUGGUAUGAAGACCUGAAUUACAUGCAGGACUGGUUCCAGCUCCAGGGCCAUUGUACAUAUGCCAAGACCUAUGGUGCUUAUGAGGGGUUCCCCUUUGUGGGCGGUCUCAAGGCUAUCAAUGAGUCCGCCCCCGAGAUCGCCGAUUACAUCAAUGAAGUCAUUGAGAAGACCGGCGCAAGCAAGGUGAACCUGGUUGGCCACUCCGAGGGUGCCUUCCAGUCCCUCUACGUGCCAAAGUUCGAGGGCGUCUCGGACAAGAUUGACAAGAUUGUCGCUAUCGCGCCUCCCACCCACGCCACAACCUUCGCCAACCUUUACGAUCUCGCUUAUAUCGCCGGCAACCUCAGUCGCGACAUCGUUGGUGAUGUCCUCGAUGCCGUGGGCUGUGCUGCGUGCAAUGACCUCGGCCCCGACGGCCCUGCUAUCGAGCGUCUGAAUGACGGAACGCCCAUUGCGCAGUCUGGGAAUACCCUUACCAUCAUUGCUUCCAAGCAUGAUGAGCUGGUCACCCCAAUUACCACUGCGUUUGUUCACGAGUCUGGAGUCAACAAUAUUUGGGUUCAAUCUACUUGCCCGCUGGACCCCGUUGGUCACAUUGGUGAGGCUUAUGAUUUGAAUGUCUGGAACUUGGUGAAGAAUGCCUUGGAGGAUACUCCCAACCGUGAAUUUAUCUGCUUGCUCGGAUCUCCUGGCAAAUAA